CAAAGAUCAGAGUGUGUUUGCGCUAGUGUCUCUGCUCGUCUUUGCUUUCUCCUGAUUCGUACGUACCAUCCUCUCAACUUAACCACUUGUAAUACCUUCGAAAAACAAAUCCAAAAAAUCUGCUAAAAAGACUAACCAUGGAGAGCACUAACAAGAAGAAACGAUACGAAUUUGAUGAAGUGUUUCAGCUAGUGCGUACAAUGGGUCCCUACCAGAUAAUCUUGUAUUUUGGCGUUUGCAUGCUUCAGUUCCCCAUGGCCUUUCAGUUUGGUCAAUCUAUUUUCGCAUUGGGUACACCAAAGUUUCAUUGCUCUGAUGGUAAUUCUACGUGGUGUGAGGCAAACAAAUGCUGCAACAACUGUACGAACUACGUGUUUGAUGGACCUUUUACUAGUACUGUAUCUGAGUGGAAUCUGUUGUGUGACCGGGCAUACCUAGGGGCUUCCAUACAGUCUAGUUACUUCGCUGGAAUGCUCGUCGGUUCUAUUGUUAGUGGGUGGAUAGCGGAUUCAUUUGGAAGGCGAACAUCUAUUUUCCUCAGUCUUGCAUUCAUUAUACUGUUUGGUGUCGGUUCAUCAUUUGCAAAUUCAAUACCCCUGUUGAUCUUUCUUCGCUUCUUCGUCGGCUUUUCAUUGGCUGGAUGCAUGUUGACUCAGUUUGUCUACAUCGUUGAGAUGGUGGGUCCCAACAAACGCACGCAUGCUGGGAAAGCCCAAGGUUCGUUUUGGAAGUUUGGGGCCUGGGCAGUAGUCUUAUUGGCCUACUUCGUUCGGGACUGGAGAUUGCACAUUCUCAUUGGAAGCCUCAGUGGAAUUGUGUUUUUCUUUUUCUUUUGCGUAUUUCCUGAAACUCCACGAUGGUCUCUCGCCCACGAUCACAUUGAGCGAGCCCAAGCGGUGCUUAUGAAAUGUGGCGCAAAGAAAAAUAAAACUCUGGAUACGCAAGCGCUACGAGAGUUACUGGAAUAUGUAAGGGAAGAUGGAAAGCAAAUUAAAGAUGGAGAUUUCCAUAAGAGGUACAAUCCAUUAGACCUUGUACGGACUCCUAAACUAAGGAAAUGGACAAUCAUUGUGUGUUACAACUGGUUUGUAGUAUCCUUGGUCUAUUUUGGGUUUGAUCUUUACACCACACAGUUACCAGGAAGCAUCUAUCUGAAUUACUUCCUCAUGAACCUUAUUGAUAUCCCAGUCAUUGGAGUUGUAUGGUUCACAGUUCAUCGAUAUGGAAGAAAAAUUCCAUACUGCGUGUACAUGUUCGUGGUUGUUGUUUGUUCCUUUGUCAUCCUUGGGUUGCCAAAAGAGUACGAAAUAACAAUAACAACAAUGGCAAUUUUGGGAAGAUCCUUUGUGUGGUCAGAGUUUCAUAAUAUCUAUCUGAUUACGACUGAGCUCUAUCCCACGGUGGUUAGGAACACCGCCAUGGGACUGGGCUCUAUGACCGCUCGUAUUGGUGCAAUGCUUUCUCCAUAUAUUGUAAUGGUGGCCCAACUUCCAGGACUAAGCCUUACACUGCCUGUAACAAUAUUUGGAGUCCUAGCACUUAUAGCUUCAGUCGUGACCCUUUGGCUGCCUGAAACAAUCUGUGCUAAUAUGCACCAGACCAUCGAAGAAGCUGAAUCAGCGAAGGAAGAUUUUUGGGCAUCUUGCUUCAGGAAAAACAGGGAUGAGUGCAAAGAUGCUAAUAUUGACAUGCCUAAAAUAACACCAUUGAAAUCACACACAGAACAUGUGACUGCACUUUAAGCAUUUGAGGCAAAGAUUUUGUAUCUAAAAUGCUCUUAUAAAAUAUCGAAUUAAGCUUUUUUGGCGGAUGCGCGUGAUUCCAUAGUCAUUGAUUUGCGUAUGAAAUUUUUUUAAUCCAGUUUCUCUGAUUAGUUACUCUAAUAUUUACAAUAGACUUAUACACAUACAAAAUCAAAUAUUGUCAGUGUGAUUAUUAUAAUAUUGUUCUAGAAUAAUUUAUAAAUGAAUUAUUGAUCUAGUAUGGAUCUUGAUGAACAUUUGAUUAAGAACAAAUGCAGGAAAAUAUUGUUGAAAAUAAUGACAGGAUGUCCUCGAAACGUCCAGCAAUUCUUGCGUUUAUUUUCUUAAUCAAAUAAUUGAUCUAUUUGGUAACAUAUAGAGGAUAUUGCAUGGGCGCGCGGGAGAUACGAAUUUUAUCUUCAAGUGUUGAAAAGAUCUCUCUCACGAGAAGAUAAAAUUCGUAUCUCCAAGCGGCAAUGUAA